CUUGAAGAAAGUCACUUUUUCUUUCUGUCUUUUUUUUUUCGUGUCCCACGUCUUGGCGAGAUGAUGCAAUGAGAGGCUGCUCACGUAGUUUGAGGAUGUGCUGGCAAAUGACGAGGGAGCCCUGCGAUGAGAGCUGCUUUAAAUCCUUACAGAGCAGCCUGGCGUGUUCAGCGGCAGACAGCGCCGCACCGCGCAGGCAAGAGGAGCUCUCCGGUGUGUUAAUGUGUGAAAAUCAGACACCAGCAUAGAGAUACAACUUAUUCUACACUUUCCUGAGGACUGUACACAAGUGUCACCAGUCAUGGAAAACUCGACUUCGGACACUUCAAGCACCUGGUAUUAUAACAACAGUGCUUUUAAUAAUAAAAGCGAUGGCUUUGGUCGAAACGAGGAGGUGGCAAAGAUAGAAAUCGCUGUGCUCAGUAUCACUUUUGUGGUGGCUGUCAUUGGGAACCUGUGCGUGCUGCUGGCACUCUACAAGACCAAAAAAAAGAUCUCUAGAAUGCAUCUCUUCAUCAAGCACUUGAGCCUGGCAGACCUGGUAGUUGCCUUUUUCCAGGUUCUCCCACAGCUUUGCUGGAAGGUCACUUUUCGUUUUUAUGGGCCUGAUUUCCUUUGCCGGGUUGUUAAACAUUUUCAAGUCUUGGGCAUGUUUGCUUCCACCUAUAUGAUGGUCAUGAUGACAGUUGACCGUUACAUUGCAAUAUGCCACCCUCUGAAGACCCUUCAACAGCCCACGCAGAGGUCCUAUGUGAUGAUCAUCAGCACUUGGGUGUUAAGUUUUAUUCUCAGCAUACCUCAGUAUUUCAUAUUUUCUCUGAGUGAAAUAGAGGAGGGGUCCGAAGUGUAUGAUUGUUGGGCACACUUUCUGAAGCCGUGGGGUGUCCGGGCUUACAUUACAUGGAUAACUGUGACUAUCUUUCUGAUUCCCGUUUUUGUACUCGUGCUCUGUUACGGAUUCAUCUGCUAUAAUAUAUGGAGAAAUAUCAAACUGAAGACAAAAAAGCAAACGGGAGAAUCUGCGUCCAAAAACGGGCUCAUACCCUCUACUGUGAGCAGUGUGACGACCAUCUCCAGGGCUAAACUGAGGACUGUCAAAAUGACCUUCGUCAUUGUCUUGGCUUACAUCGUGUGCUGGGCACCUUUUUUCAUCGUGCAGAUGUGGUCAGCCUGGGAUAUGAACUUUUCAUGGCAUGACUCUGAUGAUACAGCAGUUACACUUUCAGCUUUGCUGGCGAGCCUGAACAGCUGCUGCAAUCCAUGGAUAUACAUGUUUUUCAGUGGACAUCUUCUGCAAGAUUUUGCUCACUGCUUUCCCUGUUGUCACAAAAUGCACAGAUUUAAAAAAGAAGAUUCAAUUAGCAGCAUAAGGAAGAAUACUCUUUUCACUAAGAUCUAUCAGCGAAGCUCAUUCUACAGCACGGGCAGCUGGAAGGACGGUGAUAAUUCUCCUAAAUCCUGCAGGUCCAUACCUCUUGAAACGUGAACUUCUCCUUAAAUGGCUCUGCAGGCAUUAACAAACUGCAUUUUUGUUAAAUGAACUUAAAUUACAAUGAAACUAGAAACGUUUAGUUUCAGACAGUCUGUCUUAUCUUGAAAAAUGUUUAUUACUUAAAUGUUUGUUGGGUAUUUUAAGAAGAAAAUCAAGCCACACUUAAUGGAAUUUGUUAUCCGUCAAAAUGACAAGUGUGAAAAUUUGUGUGGCCUUUUGUGGCUGCCCAUAUGCAUGGUGUUUCACAGGAGUUAAGACUGCCAGUGCUAGCCAGCUGAAAGGUUUAUUUUGAAAGACCUUCUUCUGAGUACUUAGCGUUUCGUUCUGAAAUUACUGAGCUUGUACUAAUUGAUCAUUUUUUUUUAACACUAAAGCAUUCUUCAAUUGGUUAGGAUUUCCCAGAAAUGUAAGUUUAUUUACUUUUGAUAUAAUAAAAAGUACUUGAAUUUAUAUUCCCAACUUGAUUAAUGUAUUAUUUGGCGGUAGCAUUCUAAUUUACUGGAGCAUACAAAUAAUCAGGUAUCCUUUUACAACUCUCUAUAAGUACAGAAAAAAACACAGCAUUGUUUCACAGCUAAUACACAUUUAAUAUAAAUAUAUUCAGAUAAUAUUUAAUAAACCAGAAUACAGACAGAAGGUUAUUUUUAUAGUCUGUUAAAGGCAGAUGUGAAGUAUCUUAGAAUUUCCAAAGCGCAAGGUAAAUAAAGAAAAAAAUGAAAUGAUUUAUGCAUAUUAAGUUAUAUCAUGUCAGUGGUUGUUUAGUAAAUAUUUUAGUGUGCACUCUAAACAAACCAAAGGGAUGUGCCAGAAAGUGAGAUACACUGAGAAGUCUAUUUUACGGAGCAGUUUAUCAAGGAUCAUUAAAAGAAAAAAAGUGAAAUACCUACUGGUAGUGUUUUCUUUGUUUACAGGCAUUGCGAAUGAAGACAUUUUUCAUAAUUUUCUCAGACCAUUUAACAGGCUUUAACAUUAAUGUACUUGCACAAGGAUAUAUAGAAUUAACAAAAAAGCAAAAAAUGACAAAUGUACUAUUCUUCUGAGAAUGUUUGUAUUCGUUCUGUCAGAACAUGUUAUGUUUAGCAGAUCAUGCAUAUUUAAUGACAUACUAUGCAUCUGUAAGUCUAUAUAUCUACAUAUAUAGAUAUGUACAUCUAUAUAUCUAUGUUCAGUUGAUAUCUUAAUUUGACAUUUUUUAAUUAUUAUUAAUUAACAUUUUGGAAAUUAAAUGAAAUGAUAUGUAUUUUCAGUUACUGCAAUACAACAAGCAGUUUUUUAUUUAUUGUACGCAUGUAAUUAAUUACAAGAUUGUUAAAAAAAGGUUGAAAAAUUGCAUAUCUACAUGAAAAGUAAAUCAAUUUUUAUGGUCUAAUUUCAUUUUCAAAUGUAUGACAUUAUAAAAAUAACCAUGAAAUUA